GCUUCCCCCGCCCCGGGGCUGCGCGCGUGGUGGGUGCAGGGCAGGGAGCUGCGGGGCGCGGGAUCGGAGGGACCGUGUACCCCGAGGCUACGGGAUGACACCUCCUCCGGCACCGGAUUCCGCUUGCAUGGAGAGGACCUGCAUCCGCUGCGGUUGGAGCUGGAAGGGAAGGUGGCCUAGGGCUAUCUCAUGCACUGGUCGCUUCAAAGCUUCCAGUAGCUCUUUUGUUAGGAGACCUGCCUCCAAUUUCUGCAGAUAACGUCUCGUGAUGUGCAGAUAUGGCCUGAUCGUCCCCUACCCCUGAGUUAAGCAGUAUCCAGGAGGCUAAAGCAGCAAAGGUCACCUGGAGUUCUUGUCGAAACUGGCUUGGAAAUCAUGUGUACAAACCCCAGAAGACGUACAGAAGAUAAAGGAAAGAUAUUUUGACCUUCAGAUCAUGGCGACCAUAGAAGAAAUUGCACAUCAAAUUAUUGACCAACAGAUGGGUGAGAUUGUUACAGAGCAGCAGACUGGACAGAAAAUCCAAAUCGUGACAGCACUUGACCACAGCACACAGGGCAAGCAGUUUAUCCUGGCAAACCAUGAGGGGUCCGCCCAGGGGAAAGUCUUCCUCGCAACUCCAGACGCUGCCGGUGUCAACCAGUUGUUUUUUACCAGUCCAGAUCUCUCCGCACCACACCUCCAGCUCUUAACAGAAAAUUCUCCUGACCAUGGACCAAAUAAGGUUUUUGAUCUUUGUGUUGUGUGUGGAGACAAAGCAUCAGGACGCCAUUACGGAGCAAUAACUUGUGAAGGCUGCAAAGGAUUUUUUAAAAGAAGUAUCCGAAAAAAUCUAGUCUACUCGUGUCGAGGAUCCAAAGACUGUAUUAUUAAUAAGCACCACCGAAACCGCUGCCAGUACUGCAGGCUCCAGCGAUGCAUUGCCUUUGGGAUGAAACAAGACUCCGUUCAGUGUGAAAGAAAACCCAUUGAAGUGUCCCGAGAAAAAUCUUCCAACUGUGCAGCUUCGACAGAAAAAAUCUACAUCCGCAAAGACCUCCGAAGCCCUCUGGCUGCAACGCCAACCUUUGUGACGGACAGCGAGACUGCCAGGUCAACUGGUCUGUUGGAUUCAGGAAUGUUUGUUAAUAUUCAUCCGUCUGGAAUAAAAACAGAGCCAGCUAUGCUAAUGACACCAGAUAAGGCUGAAUCGUGUCAGGGAGACUUAAGCACAUUGGCUAGUGUGGUCACGUCAUUAGCGAAUCUCGGCAAAACUAAAGACCUUUCUCACUGUGGCGGGGACAUGCCUGUGGUGCAGAGCUUACGCAAUGGCGAUACGUCCUUUGGUGCAUUUCAUCACGAUAUUCAGACCAAUGGUGAUGUUUCAAGGGCUUUUGACACUCUCGCGAAAGCAUUGACUCCUGGAGAAAGCCCUGCUUGCCAGAGCUCAGAAGAGGGCAUGGAAGGAAGCAUGCAUCUAAUCGCAGGAGAACCGAGCUGCGUGGGGAGAGAGGGGCCGCUGCUCAGCGAGGCGCAUGUAGCUUUCAGGCUCACCAUGCCUUCUCCUAUGCCCGAGUACCUGAAUGUGCACUACAUUGGGGAGUCGGCCUCCAGACUGCUGUUCUUGUCGAUGCACUGGGCACUUUCCAUACCUUCUUUCCAGGCGCUAGGGCAAGAGAAUAGCAUAUCACUGGUGAAAGCGUAUUGGAAUGAACUCUUUACCCUCGGUCUUGCCCAGUGUUGGCAAGUGAUGAAUGUGGCAACUAUAUUAGCAACGUUUGUCAAUUGUCUUCACAGUAGCCUUCAGCAAGAUAAAAUGUCACCCGAGAGGAGGAAGUCGUUGAUGGAGCACAUCUUCAAGCUGCAGGAGUUCUGCAACAGCAUGGUCAAGCUCUGCAUCGAUGGGCAUGAGUACGCCUACCUCAAGGCCAUCGUCCUCUUCAGCCCGGAUCACCCAGGCCUGGAGAACAUGGAGCUAAUUGAGAAAUUUCAGGAAAAGGCUUAUGUGGAAUUCCAAGAUUAUAUCACCAGGACAUAUCCAGAUGACACCUACAGGCUGUCCAGAUUACUUCUCAGACUGCCGGCCUUGCGGCUGAUGAAUGCCACCAUCACUGAAGAAUUGUUCUUCAAGGGUCUCAUUGGCAACGUACGGAUCGACAGCGUCAUCCCACACAUUUUAAAAAUGGAGCCUGCAGAUUACAACUCUCAAAUCAUUGGCCACAGCCUUUGAAGGCCGAGGUCACACUGCUAUGAACUGAGUUUACUGUUCCUUCUCGGGACAUAAGAAACCAAAUGGAACUGUUGCUUCCAGGGCGUCUGUGAAUAGUAACUUUAAGAAUAACCAAAAUAGAAAGUAUUUUUUCUUUUGGAUUCCUUAAGAAGAAUUUAAGUGACCAGGCAGGGGUCAGGAACUAUACUACCCUGUCUGUCCUAUAGGAAUGAAAUAAAAAUGGUACCGGGCUGUUCUUGGUGAGGAUGACACCUCAGACCAUCUACACUAAGCUUUCUUAUUCUAUUUUAUAAAACAAAUAAACUAGUCUUUUCCCCCCUAAAUUGUGUUCUCUUCCUGUUUAAUUCCAUUGAGCUAGUACAUGGUAAUAAUGAGAUACCUAAGCAGAAGCUUCUUACAUCUUAGUCAUCCAUAAUCAUUUUAGUUACCGGGUCAAAAGUUAUUUUAUGCUCAAUUAUAUAAUGAUAAUAUUAGAGCUAUAGGACGUGAGAAAUGAAUAUAUAUCUAUAUAUAUUUUGGCUUUUAUAAACAUCAAGGUGCCCUUUAGCAUAUAACACUCUCGUUGCUGGCAAUGAGACACAAGCCAUUUGUAUUUUCUUUUUUAGUGUAGUAGAUUAUUAGUUAUAAGCACUUUUAUUCAUUGUGGUAGAAAAUUAGUCUUGAGAAUAAGAUGGGGAUCCUAUUUUAAAAUUUGGGGUUUACUGUGUUUUAAACAGCACAGACUGCCCCCCCCCCCAGGAUGUGUUAGUAUUUUAGAAUGGAUAUUAAAAUAGUUGCUUUUUCAUUCCACAGAAGCAUCUGUCCUCUUCUCAGAUGGGGUUCAGCUGCUCUACCCUGCCCUGGCCUGUAGCCAUUUUUAUUGGGUCCUUUAAAAAGACUCACCCAGUUUGUUAAAUAAAGCAGUUAUCAAAGCCAAUCUGGUUCCAAGGUGAGUUAAAUAAUUCAAGCAAUUGAUAAUUUGUAAAAGCAAAAGACUCUGCACUGACUCUUCACUGCAGAGCCGAGGGGGGUUGCUAUAACAACCUCAAGUUUCAGUAUUUGCUACAACCAAAGCCUCAGUCUUCCAUGCCAAUGACAGGCAAGCAGUAGUUCUUUGUGCUGAUUUCAUAAUGGAUUCCUUUAGUAAAUCUAUUCAUCUAUUUGUUGAUAUUCUCCCCCCAUCUCUCCUCUUCCCUUUCUUCUCCGCCCCCCUUCUUCUUUUCUACAUCUGUUUUGUUUUCUUGAGACUGGAUCUUGCUACCCAGCCCAGACAACUCAAGUUUGCAAUAAUCUUCCUGCCUCUGACUCCCCAUUGCUGGGAUUAUAGACAUGCACCGCACAUGGAUAUUUAUUUUUAAAACACAGAGAUUUUAUUGCAGCUAGAGUACAUUCUUUAUUAUUAAUAAAGAGUUUUGCUGAAUUUUUCUAUGGGGGGGUGGUGGAUAUUACUACUAACAGUAGUAACAAAAAGUUUAAAAGUGUAGUCUUGCAACUGUUACCAACUUAUUCCGAGGGCUUUAUUUCCUAUUUCGUUUUGUCAACAGCUCUAUUUAUAAUAAGCUGCUGGAGAAUACUGCAUAGAGCAUAAAAUGCUCAAACAGAAUAUGUCAGUAGGGCAUGUGUAACCUGCAUUCUAACACGAUGUCGUAUCACAGUGUCAAAACGUUGGCCCCUUUGAUACCUUUAUCAUCUCAAGAUAAUACGCCAAGGAUUAACACCCCCCCCCAAAAAAAGUGUCCUAAUGGUUAUUUCUGAGAUAUUUUUCCUGAUGAAAUUUGUAGUUACAUUGGGAAGUCUUUUUGAAACUGUAUUAAAAUGUGACU